AUGUCACAGCUGGAGUGGAAGAACAAAACAGCUGUUACAGAAUUCAUCCUCCUGGGAUUCGGAAAUGGCCCUGAACUACAUUCUCUUCUCUUCCUGAUGUGCUUGGCAAUCUAUAUUGUGACCAUAACUGGAAACAUCUCCAUCAUUGUGCUGGUCAUGGCUAAUCGGCACCUUCACACCCCAAUGUACUUUUUCCUGGGCAAUUUGUCCUGCCUGGAAAUCUGCUACAGUUCAAACAUCUUGCCGAGGAUGCUGUUUAGUUAUCUGGAUGGAGACAGAAGUAUUUCAGUCAAUGGAUGUUUCACACAAUACUAUUUCUUUGGUUGCUUAGCAGCUGCAGAGUGUUAUCUCCUAGCAGCAAUGUCCUAUGAUAGGUACCUAGCAGUGUGCAGACCCCUGCACUACCCACUGUGUAUGAAUGGCAAGCUCUGUCUACAACUUGGUGCUGCAUCUUGGAUAAGUGGCUUUCUGUCUAAUUCUAUAUUGAUGUUUCUGAUCUCAAAUUUAGACUUCUGUGGUCCCAAUGAAAUUGAACAUUUUUUCUGUGAUUCCUUCCCAAUCAUAAAACUCUCCUGUAGUGACAUCCAUGUGGCGGAACUUGUCACUUCUGUUGUGGCGGGCAUAUGCUCACUGCCUCCAUUUCUAUUGACCUUCUCAUCCUAUUUCUCCAUCAUUGUCAUAGUCAUGAGGAUUCCUUCUGCCACUGGAAGGAAAAAGGCCUUUUCCACUUGCUCCUCACACCUUAUUGUGGUGAUACUUUUUUAUUGGUCAAUAUUAACUGUCUGUGUAUUUCCUCAUUACAAUACUCGAAUAUCUCUAAACAAAGUCUUUUCUGUCUUUUAUACCAUUCUCACUCCCUUGGUCAAUCCUCUCAUCUACAGUUUGAGAAACAAAGAAGUAAAGGAAGCUCUGCAAAAACAGACAAGUAAAUUACUGGAUUUCAGAGAAUUGUUUUGUAUUUUUAAAAAAGGCAAAUAA